UUUAACAAUCAGACAGGAGAAAAUCCCUGUCUCUGAUUCUCUUCUCCGAUAGUACAUAACAAAAGGAUUUAACUCCUCAACCAUACACUGUAAUUCAGCAGUGCUUCUCACCUGUUUCUACAGAGCACUAUCCUCAGCUCAGACCAACCUGUAGAGAUGUACCGUGGAUUAGUGAUACUCUUCUUGGUUUUGGUGCUGGAAACCCGAUGGAUUGAAUCCAGUUGUCAGCAGCCAGAGUUGCAAAGAUCAGUUUCAAACGAGAGUCCAAAAUUUCGGGUGUCGGCUCAUAACUUGCUGAGAAGAUAUAAUGAUAUAGAUUAUGACAGUUUUGUUGGAUUAAUGGGACGCAGAAACGCCGAUGAUGGUAUACCACCGCAACGUAAAAGGGAAAUGCAUGACAUCUUUGUUGGGCUCAUGGGUCGACGGAGCUCUGACUCUGAUACUGGGCGUCCGUGGAGGAAAGAGUAUCCAGAACCAAAUGGGGGCAUCUUCUUCAACAAGUGCAAACUGAGAUUUCGUCGUGGGUUAUAGGCAAAGGAAUUUCAUAUUCAUAUCUAGUUAAUCGUCUGCACCACCCUGUCGUGACAGCUUUUUUUCAAGACAUUUCUUUGGGGCAAAAACAAGAAGUUAUAUUUAUUUUACAAAAUCGAUAGAGCGAAAGUAAAUAUUUAUAUAAAAUAAUCAAAUAAACACGAUUUCCUAUGGUGUGGUUUGUUUCAUUGUACUGCAAUUUAAACCUUUACCUUGAUUGUACAGUGGUGGCCAAAACUAUUGGCACCCUUGGUAAAUAUGAGCAAAAAAAGGCUUUGAA